GACACAUCAUCCCCAUCCUCUCGUCUCACGCACGCAUGCACAGGCACACGCUGACACGCAUCCUCCGAUUCCCCAUCCUCUCAGCGAGGUUCUCAGGAUGUAGCCGCCGUGCACAGGGAGCACCACUGUCCACCGGAGCUUGUUGCCCGCUGUCUCGCGGAGCAACCGCCGGAGACGCCCGCGCCCCGCGGGAUCUCGCCUAGCCCUCGCCGCCUCGCCCCUGCCCUGCUCCCUCGCGCCCUCGCCCCUGGCCGCGGCGACGCCCGCCGGAAUCUUGCGGCUGUUCUCCUCCAAUCCCCGGCUGUUCUGCUCCAACCCCCUGCCAGCACCAACCAGCAGGGCAACGCGCCAACGCGGGCAAAGGCAGCAGGCAGGCAGAGGUAGUCAUGGGCAAGGAAAAUCGGACUCAGAAAAGAAUUGAUUUUGUGUUUAAAAGGAAAAGAGAUGAUAUAAUUGAAGUUGAGGAAGACCAAGUAUUGCCCUUGCUUGAAUUGGAACAGCAACAACCUGAACAACAACAUAACCAAGAUGGAGGAGUUCGAACAAAUGAAGUUGUUACAUUCCGGGGUAUUGAGUUCUUGCAGCGGGAUCUUGGAUUGCGCCCUCAAAUUUGGCAAUAUCCACCAGACCAGAGAGAUAUCGUGAGGAGAGCAUAUUUGAUGUUAGGUCCUAUGCAACCCCGCCUAGAGAACUAUAAACCUUCUGGUGAACCAGGGCAUCAACGCCGCUUCCAAUAUAGUUGGUUUGAUGAUUUUCUGUCAUGGCAGAGUAUUCAGAGGAGAAAAGUUGUGCGUAUUGUCUAUAUUGCUUUGUCUCCAAUAACAAAGAGAAUACACUAGGUGGUUCUCAUGUCUUCACGGUACAUGGAUUUGACAGUUGGAAGAGGGUUUGUGGGAAACAUUGUGCAUUCUUGACCCACAUAGGAUCUGGACCAUGCUCACCACACAACAAUGCAGUCACUAGUGGUCAUGCCUUAAUGAAACAACCAUGCCACAUAGAAAACGUUAUGGCUGUGAGGGACAAGGAGAAGGUGGAAAGAAACCGUUUGCGGCUGAAAGUCUCAAUUGCGGUUGUUAAGUGGCUUGCAUUCCAAGCUUGUGCUUUUAGAGGGCAUGAUGAGAGACCACAGUCAAAGAAUCAAGGAAACUUUCUUGAAAUGGUGAAGCUUCUUGCAGAAUUUAAUCCUGAGAUUGCCAAAGUUGUGUUGGGAAAUGCUCCAUACGGCGCAAAAUACACAUCACAUGAUAUCCAGAAUGAGAUCUUGAGUAUAUUUGCAUCUAAAAUCAGGAAGCAUAUUCGUGAGGAAGUUGGAGAUUAUAAGUAUUCUAUUUUAGUGGAUGAAACAUGUGAUGCAUCAAAGAGAGAGCAAAUGGCGUUGGUUCUUAGGUUUGCUGAUAAAGGUGGUAUUUUGCAAGAGAGAUUCUUUGAUUUGAUACAUGUAGCAAACACGAGGUCUUUGACACUGAAAAAUGAGUUGAGCUUUGUUUUGUCAAACAACGGUUUUGAUAUUCAGAACCUUCGAGAACAAGGUUAUGACGGCGCUAGUAACAUGAGAGGCGAGUUAAAUGGAUUGCAAGCUCUUUUCCUCCAAGAAUGCCCAUAUGCUUAUUAUGUCCAUUGUUAUGCCCAUCGCUUGCAACUUGCUCUAGUUGAUGCAUCUAAAGAAGUGGUUCCUAUCUCCCAGUUCUUUCAGAAAUUGAUAUUUAUCAUAAACACGGUUGACUCAUCUUCAAAGCGCCAUGACGAGCUUCAUCUUGCCCAACUAGUUGAACUAGAAAAUGGAAUCUCUAAUGCUAGCAUCGAGACAGGUCAAGGGGCAAAUCAAAUCCGUUCACUUAAGCGACCAGGAGACACAAGGUGGGGUUCUCAUUUUGGUUCAGUUUAUAGCCUUAUGAAGAUGUUUGGUCCAGUUUGUUCAGUUAUCCAAGAUAUAGCCGCCGAUGGAUCAAUUGGCUCAAUUCGUGCAGAUGCAGACACUUCUUUUGGCUACUUGUCCUCAUUUGAGUUCAUUUUUAUCUUAUGUUUGAUGAAGGAAAUCUUUGAAAUAACAGAAUUGCUUGGCCAAGCUUUACAAAAGAAAUCACAAGAUAUUGUGAAUGUUGUCCGCCUAGUUUCCUCAACAAAACAAUGUCUUCAGGAGUUGAGAUCAGAUGAUGGCUACCAAGUAUUUAUUACUACGGUUGUUGAAUUUUGUCUAAACCAUUCCAUUGACAUUCCAGACUUUGAGGAAACAUACAUCAUGCGUGGUGGUCGUGCUCGUCGUCAACCUGAUCAGUUCACCAAGGAGCAUUACUUUCGAGUGGAAAUUUUCUUUUCAACACUUGACACUCAACUAUUUGAAUUAAAUCGAAGAUUCAAUGAUAAGGUAAUGGAUCUUCUAACCAUUAGCGCCACCUUGAUUCCUACAAACAAAUUCAGAGGAUUCAAAGCUAGUGAUAUAUGUGAGAUGGUGAAAAAGUACUACCCAGCAGAUUUUCCCCAAGAUAUUUAUGGAUUACAACAGCAACUUAAGCACUUUGUUUCAGAUGCUUCCAAGGAUGAUGAUUUGAAAAACAUAUCUACCUUAAUUGAUCUAUGUCGAUGCCUUGUGGAGAUAGGAAGACAUACCGUCUACAAUUUGAUUGACAGAUUACUUCGGUUGCUCAUUACCCUUCCAGUUUCUACAGCCAGUGCUGAACGCGCAUUUUCUAGUAUGAAGAUCAUUAAGACAAGAUUGCGCAAUAAGAUGGAAGAUGAGAAUCUGGCUAAUAACUUGUUAGUACACAUAGAGGGUGGAAUUUGGGAGAACUACAGCUAUGAAGAUGCCAUUGCAGAUUUUAUAAGCAAGAAGGAUCGGAGAGUUGAUUUCUAGUAUGUCAGUAAGCAGUAAGUCCAUGUCUAAUGUCUACACUUUUGUAUUAGCUAACUCAAUAGUGACUCAUGGUUGAACUGUA